UGUCCUAUGUACAGCCAUCCAUCCAACCAUAUCCAUGGCCAGCCACAUGAACACGCAAAACACAUGCACACACACAGAGAGAUAACGGCCCAAAAGCUACCCCUUAGCUCCAUCCAGCAAUCAGACACACCAUCUAUCACGCCUCCCCUUCCCGCUGCUCAUCCCUCUGCACACCAUUCUCCUCCCCACCAGCACCCACUCCACCAUCCCCCCCACCACCCGGCACCAUUGCCGCCUCCGACUGCUCUGGCGACGGCAUGGCGUUGUAGCCGCUAAGUAUGCUCGCCCCCCGCACAGACAGCACAAUGGAGAAGCCGAUGAUCAGCACCAGAGCCACGAUGGCGCCGACAAGGUUGAUGGUCUUCUGCUGCUCGGUGAAGUGUCUGGACGGGUAUUGGGCGACAAUCACUGCAGUGAGGCCAAGGAGAAGGUACAUGGGGAUGGACGAGCGGACGCAGUCCCAGCAGAAGCCGCAUUGCGGGCAGCAAAGGAUGGCCGCCAAGAUCUGCACACACACAUGCAAUGAUAUGAAUCGGGAGAAUGAGCCUCGGGCAGGACGGCUUGUGCGUGUGUACGAUGAGCGUCCAAGCCACCGUGGCGAACCACACAAAGGAUCUGCGAACAGCAUGGAUGGAUGGAUGGAUGCAUCAACACAUUACCGCGUGGAAUGGGCGUGAUGACAGGCGGCUUACAUGAUGAAUGCUGGGACUUCCACGCUGUCGGCGGACGUAUCGGUGUAGGAGAGGUCUCCUUGCAUGAGUAAAGCAGCCGCCAGGGGCGUCAGCUGAUAGAGCAUCAUCGUUGCCAGCAU